AUGGCUCUCCGAGGGCAGAGGAUAGCAGUCAUUGGGGGUGGCAUUGGAGGAAUGGCUUUCAUGAACUCGGCUUUGUAUGCUGGCUUGGAAAAUAUGCACCUCUACGAGGCCGCCCCUGAGUUUACCGAAGUUGGAGCUGGUGUCAACAUCACUCGCAACGCUAAUCGUGUACUUGAUGCAUUUGGAUUGAAGGAUGACAUGCUCUGGAGCUCCUCUCGCAACCCGCCAAGUUACAUGGAGUACAGACAUUACCGAACUGAAGAAUACCUGGGACAGAUCGAAGAAUUUGGUGAGCCUCGAUCGCGGCAAAUUCAUCGUGCGCAUUUGGUAGAGGUCCUGAAGAAGAAGGUUCCGGAUUCCAAGAUAAGUAAAGGGAAGCGGCUGGUAGCCGUCGAACGCGACGAGACAGACGACUGCUACACGAUAAAAUUCCAAGAUGGAACGGAAUCCAAAGCAGACAUAGUUGUUGGUUGCGACGGAAUCAAAUCCAGAGUGCGGCAGCAUCUCGGUUUCACCGACGAGCCCAUUUACUCCGGCCAAAUGGUGUAUCGUGGCUACGUGGCCUACGAUGACUUGACUCAGGAAACCGCUGAACUUCUACGGAAAACGGUCAACUUCCGAGGGCCGCAGCGGCAUGUUCUUACCCUUCCUAUUGGAAAUGAAGAGUCAAAAACGGACCGAGUUGGCAUAAUCGGAUUCAUGACCGAGCCCCUUGAAGGAUGGACAUCCGAGAGCUGGCUGGCGAAGGCGCCUGUUGAUGAUCUUUACGAGCACGUCAAGGACUGGAGCCCUGCAGUCCAAGAGAUCAUACAUGGUCUGCGGAAAGGAGCAGAGGACGGCAAGAUCUUGAAACAAACUUUGUAUGUUCGAGACCCAACGCCCAAGUGGUACUCCGCCCAGAGCUGGCAGAAAUCUGGAAUCAUAUUGAUUGGCGACUCUGUUCACUCGACUCUUCCACAUCAAGGUCAAGGAGCUUGCAUGGCAAUCGAGUCUGGAUUUGCACUGGCACAAGUCUUGAGUAAUUGGCAAUCGGCAGACACCGAAGGUGCAUUUCAAUUUUUCCAAGAUCUCAGAAAGCCGCGAACGGAUAAAAUCACGAAGACUAGCUACGAGACUGGAAAGCUAGCGAGUGCAGAUAUUCCGGAGGAGCUUUGGAGCCAGACGUUUUCGCCAGGCGCUGUAGCAGAACGUAUGCGAUGGGUGAUGGAGUACGACCUUCUCGCAGAGCUUUCGAACAGGUUGAGCGCCGUCGAUGCGUCGGAUGAAUCGAAGACCUCCACGGCAAGUUCCAUUCCACAAGUAGCAAGAGUGGUAUAGCAACGCGAUAUCGCACCACUAGGAUAUUAUUAGUCUGUUACCC